CUCCAGCGCUCCUCCUCGUCCUCCCCCGUCGUGGCUCGAUCGCUGGCUCGUUGCCUGUCUCCGCCGACACGCCAUCCCCUUCGUUGCAGUCGCUACCUUCGUCGGAGUUUCUAGAACCCUCCUUCUCCAGUACCUUCUUCUCCACGCCGCCCACGGUUCAUGCUCAAUGCCUUUAUCUACAAUUGCCAAAUCACUCACAUCGAGAGCUGACGUCCCGGAGUGUGCAAAUUCCACAACCAUUUCCCGUCUCCAGCUUGUAGAGAUCUUCGAAGAAACGUUAGUCUUGUGUCGCAGCAGUCAGGGGUUUUGCGGAAGGUUUUAAGCCAUGUCGAAGUAUGGUAGCACGAAGCUGUUUUCGGGAGAUGAUCUCGAGGUGGGUUAUGGGUCGACGCCUGCUCUGUAUCCCGGCAUUUCUGCCGACGAGAAUGAGCUUCGGUGGGGAUUCAUUCGCAAGGUGUACGGUAUCCUGAGUGUUCAGGUGUUGCUCACCACCGUGAUUUCGGCCUUCGUGGUUUCCACGCCCCCAGUGGUGGAGUUUUUCUUGUCCAAUAUAUGGGUUCUCUUGCUUACCAGCUUUGCGCCUCUCAUAUUGAUGUGCCCGUUGUACUAUUACCAUCAACAGCACCCAGUGAACCUGGUCCUUCUUGGUCUAUUUACUGCAACAAUCAGUUUAACUGUUGGAAUAUCAAGCGCUCUUACGAAAGAGUAUAUUGUGUUGGAAGCUCUACUUCUGACAGCAGCUGUGGUCUUGUCCCUCACCGCAUACACGCACUGGGCUUCCAGAAAGGGACAUGAUUUCAGUUUCUUGGGCCCCAUCUUGUUCGCGAGCCUUGUCAUCCUUGUGCUCUUUGGGCUAAUUCAGGCAUUCUUUCCACUGGGUCCCGUGUCCCACAUGAUUUACGGUGGUCUAAGUGCACUUAUUUUCAGUACCUACAUCGUAUACGACACAGACAACCUCAUAAAGAGAUACUCUUACGACGAGUACAUAUGGGCUUCGGUGGCUUUGUAUCUUGACAUUGUCAACUUGUUCCUCGCUCUGUUGGAGAUCCUAAGAAGUGUACAAGACAACUAAGAGGAUAGAAUUGUAAAUGAUUGGGCACUAUUUGUCUGAUAUAUUUGUGUACAAUGUAGUUGCAAGCUAGAAGAACCGAGGAUAGUUCUUGAAAUACGAUUUGUAGAGUGUGCAGUAUCAGGUUACCUUUUAGAGAGAGCGUUUGAGUGUGGUACUUUUGUACCCAGCCUCGUUACUUUUGGACGUGUGGUAGGAGUGCUCGAAGCAUCCGUAGUGUGCAGAUUGAACCAGUCACCUACGUCUAAAACAGUGUCUUCUAACUCGAACAUCGGUCGAGAGGAGAUUGUGGUAAUGAACAUAUGUGAAACAUUUUGAUCAGAAAAAUUCAGAAUUUUUCAGAUAAGCUCGUUAUUUAGACCGGCGACGAACCCUACAGCAGACGGAAUAAAGCGUGUAGUGUCGUUAUUCGCUCACACCUGUUGGAACAAUACACAGACUUGGGUAUUCUAUUGAUGAAUCAAUAGAAGAGAGUUAGGACAAAACUUGAAGGGGUUACAAAUAGCUUGAUUACUUAUUUGUUUGUAUAGUGACACUUGCAUAAAUGUAAUCAUUAUAGUUGCAUGGGAGAAGAGAAAUAUAUGUUUUUUACAAUCGCAA